AGGUCCGAUACUCCAGACAAAGCCACGCCCUUAACGACCAAAUAUGGCAGAGUAAAACUACUGUCCUUUGUAUUUUUCGCUGGCCAGGAACAAUUGUCGGAAGGCGAAAAAGCCCACGGGCCGUCGUCGGUAGGCUACUUUUCAUUUUGACGCUGUCAACGGUCGCUGCCACCGUACUCCGCAUGUGACCGAACGGACAGGGGAGGGGAUAUGUGUCUCGUGUAUUGUAACGUGGAACACCGAGUUCUAGCUAAGUUAACGCAACGUUAGCUGGGAGUGAGCAGCAUCAGCAGCGACCACACCGAGGAAAGAAGUCACAGACACCUCGACCCGGGCUGCAAGAUCUAGCUAAUCUCUCCGCUUUGAAGUCAGCCUCGGUGGAACAGCGCCAAGAACAAAUUGCUGUGAGAGCUUGUCGAGCCAAGGACAUUGUCAGAACAGCAGGAAAGGAGAUGAGUACCAAGAGGAAGGCCGUGAGUCACUCAAGGGCAGCGAACAGACCACGCAUCAUGAAGUCUGGCAUCUCCAAGGCUGAUUCAGAGAGAGACUCCGGCUUCUCAGAUGCAUGCUCAGAGCACAUGAGCACAAUGGACAACACAGACUCUGAGGAUUCACCCCGUCAUGUUGUACAGCAGGGAGCGCAGGCUUCUGGAUCGGGGCCCCAAUCCUCCCAGCUGGCUGUGGUGGGAGGCUCCUACUCGAGUCUUUCUCCCAUGAUCAUCAUGAACAACGUCCUCCUCAAGCAGCCUACAGAUAACCCUCCUGCUCUAAAGACCUGGGGGUUUAGUCCCACGGUGGAGGUGGUCCAACCUGUGGUCCAGCAGCCUCAGGUGGUCUUCCUUCAGCCUGUGGUCUCUCGUCAAGCCUCCCCUGCCUCCAAAGAGGCCUCCUCUAGACACAGACGUACUAAGAAGUAUCUUCCAAUCCUGAAAUCCUACCCCAAGAUUGCUCCACAUCCUGGAGACGGCUCCAGUUCCUCAGGGAGAGGAACUGACUCCUCAUCUUCUUCCUCCAGCAUCUCUUCUUCUUCUUCUUACUCCUCCUCUUCUUCGGGGUCAAAGAGGGGUAGCAGUUUGACCUCCAACCACCGGGAACGCUGUCAGCGAGAGAAGCAGAAGAGAAAGCUGUGUGGUGGUGCUAGGAACUCUGGUUCAACCACUCUCAGUCUUCCUGCCUCCCCCAGCGCCACGUCUCCUCUGCUCCAGAGCCAACUCUCUCAGCCCACAACAGAAACCAGCGCCAGCAGCAGUCCUGCCAGGGUGAGGCCUUCAUCAGCUGUCAGCCAGGCAGAGUUUUCCACCUCUCUGUCUGUUAUUCACACCACUGGCCCUCCUGCACUGACGGUCACCCAGGAGAACAGCUCAUCAGGAGAAUGUAACCACGGUGAGAGUGAUGCUGAUACAAAGCGGAAGCGCUUCUGCAACACUUACAACAUCCUUAGCCAAUCUGGCCUGCUGCACAUCGCACUCCGCACCAAGGAGCUCCUCGGGCAGAACCGGCGCACUCAGAGCGACCUAGACCGCCUAAAAGAACACACAGACCUCUUCCUUCAGGCUCUGUGCAGCGGUGACACCAGCAUCUGUGUUAGGCUGCAGGCCAGCCUUCAGGAGGAAGACAGAGAGGGCGAGAGAGAGAGCAGAUUAGACCUAGACUAGUGCUAGGCAGUAAUCCUUUAGACUGAGCUGGGGAAAGGAAGGCCAGGGUUGGGGGGGGGGUGUUGAGUGUAUAGAGACAGCUGGACUGAAAAUAAUGUGCUCCACAAUACACCCCCACCCCCAGAAUCUGUGCUGUGGCCUACAUUUUGGCUGCCUCAGGCCCUGACACACCAAACCGACCUCAAAGAAUUAGUGCCGAUAAAGACCUUCCGUUGCCUCAUGUCUCUUAAAAGUAGCACUUGGAACUCAUCGUAAGGCUGUAGCUGGUGGCCAGUUGUCCGCCAAUGUGCACACAUAUGUUCUGCACCUGUGUGAGAGGUAAUAUUUUAGUCAGCGGUCAGUAUUUUGUAAUCUAGGAAACCUUGUGGAAAGAGAAGCAAAGCAAACUACACUACCAUUUCUUUUGCCACCGCAUUUGUGAAAAUAGCUCAGCAUUCCUAAUGCUCAGAUUGUGAAUUGAGAAAAUCGGUAGAGCCCCUUUUAAAAACUCUGGGGUUAUCUGCCAGUGGUCUUCAUCUUGUGAAAAAAUAAAAACUUGAGGUGAAAAACAGGAUGAACCUACACUAAAUCAUUGAAAUCAUAGAUUUGGUCACUCAGCCCUCUCUCUAAUUGCCUCCAUCACUGAUUCAACAAGCUUAAUCAUCCAUCCAAACAGCCUAGUGCUACACUAGUGCCAUUAGUGAAGGACACACUGCAAAAACUGUGUGCGGUGGUCAUUCACACACUUUUAGGUGCUGCACACCAGCUGUGGCUUGGUGUGUUAGGGACCCACAGUCUAACGGAAGGCCAGAACCACAGCUCCCUGUUCUGCCAUACUGAGCCUGACUAGAUCUAUUCCACUGGAACUGCCUCUCUGUGCACAGACAUCUUUAGCUCAUUGGCAAUCAAGACCCUGAAAGAUUUGAAUCCAAGGCAUAUACAAAACAUUUUUUAAACUGAAAGCACAACACAGGCUCGGAAUCAGAAAACUUGAUUUCAACCCAAAGACUGGAUAUUUAAACUUUUAACCGUGCAUGACGAGGUGUACUCCUCUAAAACUGAAAGACAUCUGCAUACUGCUCAUUGCUUUUAUUUAAUUAGGUUUCAACAGUUUUGCAUCAUUCAUGGUAGUCCUCUAAGCUGUGUGUCAUUGAUAAGCAUUGAUACUGAUGUGUAGCUUAACAGACAUCCAGUUUGUCUAAAUUAUUUCAUGCAGCUGUUACAAUAAUGUAAAAUUGAUGAUUAUAACUGGCUUAUGUCACAUAUAUAGAAUGUGUCCAGGGCCUUUUGCCAGUCACCAUUUUGUAAAUAGACAAACAUGUGCCUAAAGUUUUUUUUUUUUUUAGUUUCUGCUUAAUUUUUAAACAUGAUGUGAAAGAUUUGGCACGCCGCGUUGACUGUUUUAAGUUCAGCUUUCCUUUCAUGUUGAUGAAGAUGUAAUACAGUGCAAACUAGCUGGAAGUAAAGCUCUGAACAGCCAUUUUGGUAUGUUCCCAAAAACAGCCCAGUGUAAAGGCUGCUUCCUAUAGUUCAACCAUAUUCAUUAGUUACUUGUGUACAAGUUCCAUCAUUUGUUUUUGUGUGUUUUUCUAUGUACUCGUGGAUGUAAUUUAAUGUGGCAAUAUUGUCUUAAGUGCAGACUUUUUCUGUUUUUAAGUUCCUGUCAUUAUGUAACUAUUGCAUCGUCCAAAUUAGGAACAGUUAUGGAGUUUUGUGAUGCUUAAUAUAAACGUUUUGUAUACUUAUAAGUUAUGGCCUUAAUAUCCAUCCCAAUGUAUGUCACAGAAUUUUGCAUUUGCACUAAAAUAAUCAGAGAGCAGCUCUGAAGCAUUUUCUGAGCAGAAUCUAAUGGCAGCUAUGGUAGCUCCUUUGAGGCAGACUGCAUGUCUUUUUAAUUGACUUGAAUUGCAUUGUGAGGCAUCCUAAGCCACUACCAGUGUAUGAGUACUAUUCCUAAAGGACAACCAUACAUUUGCGUUGUUCCAUAUCACCGCUUUCAUUUGGAAGGACAGGAGCACACUGAUUAACUUUUAAGCUUUUGGUUUGUAAGUGGACUGAUAUGUCAACAGUUAUGCCUUCAUCAGACAGAAUCGGUGGAUAUUUUGACAGAGAAUAGGACACAGUAGCAGGUGAUACGAUGUGUUUCAACAAUAUCCACUGUAAAUUAAUCGUUAUGUUUUAGUCUCCCAAACCAGAUUUGAUGUAUGUUUAGGGUCACUGUCCUACUGGAAAACCAUGCUGUGUCUAACACUCUGCCCUCUGGCUCAUAGUUUGAUGUUGCACUGAAGAAAUUUGAGGUCAUCUUACUCUGCAGUGCACCAGUUCCACUGGCCGCCCCAGAUACACUGUACAAUCUUUUUGUGGUUGACUGGCUCAGUAUCUCCCCUCUAAACACUACUAUGGUUAUUGUGGUAGCUGACCACAAAACCUUCCAAAUGUCUUAAAAAAUUCCAUCUUGGAACAUUUUAGUUUUCCUGACCUGUUCCAAGUAUUUUGUGUCUUCCCACUAAAAUGAAUGUGGUUCAAGCUAAUAAGAGCAGCCAAACUGGCUCUUUUUGCACAGACAGUUAAGUUUCUAGCAACAAGAUGUUGACAUUUUAGACUUUUCUACAUGACCAAUAAAAAAAAAAAAUAGUCCAGCAGAUCUUCCAGAAGACCCACGAAUCAUUUAUGAAGUAACCUAAAUGGUUUGUAUGCUAAAGUAAUGACGUACGUCCCAAAUGUGAUAAAUAAGUUGUAGAAACAACUGAGAAAGGGUUUAAUGUAACAUGCUUUAGGUUUAUUUUUGUACAUUUUUAGUUUGAGGCUCAUUGCUGGUGUAAUAAAUGUUAUUCCAAAGAAA